AUGGUAAAGUACGCGUUUUUAUCAGAAAAUUUCCGAAAAGCUUUCCAUAAAGUAAUUGUCUGUAAUUCAAACGCCAGACGAACCCUACAGGUUAGGAGUGAGCGGAUAGAUAGAGAGACAACUGUGGGCACCAACACCUGUACUACUAAAGCCACUAAAACUAUUAAUGGAAAUGUAUAAUCAAAUCAUCAAAACCUAUGACGAGAAGAAGGAUUUAACUAUCCGUCCAGUGAUUGACUUUAUUUCAACAUCUGAUCUCAAACUCAAAUCUAAAUUAGAAAUACAACUCAUUAUCCAAAUCCACAGUAUAUGAGAUGAUAGUCCUUGUGCUCACACUGUGCCAAAUGUAUCGAUACUUUUCACUAAUGUUUUAUCACAUCAUUUGAUUUAAUUGUAUCAACAGUUCGUUAAAUGGGAGAUAAUUAUGA